CCACCUUUUUGGCCGAAAAAUCCGAUCGUAUGGCUGAUGCAAGUUGAGGCCCAGUUCCGUCUCCGGCACAUCACCAGCCAGGAGACGCGGUAUCUUCACACCGUGUCCUCCUUGCCAGCCGACGUCGCCGAGGAGCUAGCCGACAUUCUGGCCAAUCCGGAUCCGGUCAGCCCCUUCGACCAACUGAAGGCCGCCAUUCUUGACCGCAAGACCGAGUCGGAGCGCAGCAGGCUUCAACAACUCCUUAACACCGAGGAGCUCGGUGACAGACGACCGUCCCAGUUUCUCCACCGAAUGCGACAGCUGCUGGGAACCCCGAACCAAGACCCCAACAACCACCUCCUGCUUGAGUUGUUUUUACAACGGCUCCCAUCGACCAUGGUUCCGGUUCUGACGGCCGCGGAAGACAUGUCGCUCGACAAGCUCGCUGCGCUUGCCGACCGCGUCGCCGACUACUCGGGGGCCGCUGGCAUCAGCGCUGUCGCCAAUAGAACGCCCGCAACAACAUCAGAAGACUUUAGACUGUCGCGCCUUGAGGACCGUAUCGAGGCCCUGAGUCGGCAGCUUGCCACCCUCGCACCCUUAUCACGACGUCGCCAACAACGGUCCCUCACCCGCCGGCACCCACGCUCUCACUCACGUUCGGUAGAGCGCACCACCUCCUCCAACAGCGGUGAGGUCGAUUCUGACUCGGGCAGGUGUUGGUACCACCGUACACAGUAA